AUGGUCAAGUCCGAUGAGCAUAUGGACAGGGUGAAAAAGAAAUUAUACGAUGAAGCGGCGGCGAAGAAGGCAAGCGCAGAAGCUAAAAGACAGCGAGAUCUUAAAAAGUUCGGAAAACAAGUCCAGAUCGCCAAGUUACAGCAGAGACAGAAGGAGAAGAGGGAAACGCUGGAUAAGAUCAACAGUUUGAAGAGAAAGCGCAAAGCGAGUGACGGCGCCCCGACCGAAGAACCAGAUCUUUUCGAUGUCGCCCUAGAAGAUGCGGGCAAAUCUCAUUCUCAUGGUGGAGCCAAUAAAGGUAACCGUAAUGAACCGCGCGCACAAAACAAGCGACAAAGAAAGGAUCAGAAGUUUGGUUUCGGAGGCAAGAAACGAUUCGCGAAGAGUGGAGACGCCGUUUCCAGUGGCGAUCUAAGCGGAUUUUCAGUAGGUAAAAUGAAAGGACGCAAAAAGGGGACCGCGCAGAGACCAGGGAAGAGCAGGCGUGCAGCUUUAAAGAGGGCUUGA